AUGGCGUAUGUGGUCCAGCGGACGGAAGAAUAUUCGGAACUAGAGGGAGUACCAGCACAUAGUGGAGCAAGAACUUUACCGGCAGCCAGUACAACUACUCGUUCACAAACGCAGGCAAUUCCAGACUGCGAGUUCCAAAGACAGGUCCUCAAGAGCCUCAACAUACUCCGUAUGGCCAUGCAGCAACAUGGUGAACUCCUAUCAAGCCUAGUUCCCCAGCAAUCUAGUCUCGUUGAGGCUCCGUUGCUCCUGUCAGAGCCACUUGACUCUGUAGAGGAUGUUGACAACUUCGAACGGCAACUCACACCUGAUCGUCAAAAACAGUUGGUGACUGAGCUAAUGUUGCUGGGAGGAAGCUCCCUGAAAUGUGCAGUCAAAAGGAUUCUAUCCCACAUGUUCACAGACAAACUUGCACAGCUUUACAGCUGGGAAGGAAGAAAAGGAAAAUUUAAAUUUGUGGACCUUACUUUGCCAGGUCUAAUCUUGCGUGCCCUUCACGCACAGAAAAAGUUUUCGAAAGUAACAGAGUUCGAGGUGCAGGUAGUUGCCAAGGAAUGGCUGAGGCAUGCUGGUAACAGGUGUAAAAGAGCCAAAAGCAUUGAGUCUGCAGUUGCGUAAACUGCCUCAGGAGGCUACUGCGUGGGCUGCCUCAGGAAUCUACCGCAUGAACUUCCCCAGGAACAAACUGUUAGCCACACCACAGAGGCGGGGUGCCCUACUGUUCUGAGACAAGGUGGAGAAAAUCACCAAAGAAUAAGUGGAUGUGUGGUGCCCUAAGAACAGUGGACAAGCAGUGGUCUUAAAAAAACAGCUGAAUGUUGUUUGCAGCGGUUCAGUACAUUCAGUGGUAUCUUUCUUGUUUUGACCAGUUACAUAUGGCUAAUUAGUACUCAUUGUGUGUUUUGAAUGAUAUUGGUCUGAAUGCCUUGUCAAUUGAAAAGUUGCAGCUCACAGACACCACUAAGGUGACUCCAAUUCCGCCAACUUGUCUGUACUUGAUUUUUUUUUCAAAAAGCUUUUGAAUGAACACUGAUUAGAAGUGUAUAACUCUCACCUUAUAAUUUACAACUGCAAAAUAAUUCUGCUGCGUGAAAAAAGCAAUAUGUGCCACAUAACUGCCAAUGCAUGAUCUGCUUGUGGACUUUUACUGCAGUGUUUAUUCUAGCAAAGGAUACCUUUGAAUGUGUUAAUAAGAUGGUCGACCUCCCCAUUUUUUUCUUUCAAAUA